CUGAGUUAGUCAUAAUAUUUUGACUGAGCUUCUCCUACUGUGCGUCUCUUCCUCCUUCAGACUUGAAAGGAUUCACAUUUUCGUCGCACUCAACUCAGUAGUGUUCAACAAUGGACGAAGCUGAAUUUCAACGCCUUCUCCAACUCUUCCCCGUUGUUCGUUCUCGCGAUUACUAUGCCGAACAAAGAUCAUCUAGGCGGUCGUCCAGACAAGCUUCUGGAUCUGCAAAGGAUGAGUAUAGGGAAUGGCAAGAUGCUUGGAAUGAAAGAGAUAUAAAUUUCGAGAACCAAGGAAAUAACCCACAUUCAUUUUGGAGCAAGCUAAAGUCAGAGGCUGCUAAGAAGGUUGGUCCAGAAGAGGCCGAGAGAUUUUGCAAGGCUUUCCAACAAGUUCACAAGAAACUGGUACGUACAAUUUCAUAGGAAACCUAAUAAUUU